AAAGAGCCACAAGGGCGAGGGUGAGAAUCAAUCGGGAGGGAAAUUCUAACCACUUGAGCUAGCCAUCAUUCUCUCCAUAUUGUAUUGUAAACGGCGAAAAAAAAUUUGAAGGGCAAUAUUGUCCACAACUAAAAAGGACAAAAGAGUGACCUAACUUUUGAAAAGAAAAGCGAAAAAGGACAACAAUGUAAAUUUAACACUCAUUAUAAGUUUCCUUUCCGAUCACACUCUGCUCUUCUCAUAUUCUCAUCAACCACCUUCCUUAUUAUCCCGGCUUUCUCUCUCCUCUCAUUUCUCUCUCUAUUAACCGUUAACUCUCAUUUCAGCUACCUAAUCAUUAAUAUUAUCACUCUAAAUAAAUUUUAAUUUAAUUAAACCCUUCAAUUUUCUGCUAAUUUCCGCCAUUAAAGCUCCAAAAUGAAGAAACAGAGAUCAACAAUGGCGGAAGCUUCAUCUUCAUUUACCAACUUGUUCGAUCUACUUAGCGAAGAACUCGUAUUUAUUAUCCUCGAUUAUCUCAACGACAACAAUCCGCAAGACAAGAAAUCAUUCUCUUUAGUAUGUAAAUCGUUUUAUUCAAUUGAAUCGAAGCAUCGUAGAACCCUAAAACCUCUUCGUUCUGAACAUUUGCCUUCAAUUCUUACUCGUUACCCGCAAAUUUCAACCCUAGAUUUGAGUCUUUGCCCUAGAAUCACCGAUUAUUCGCUCUCUGUAAUUGCUAUGGCAUGCGGUAAUACGCUGCGUUUUAUCGAUUUGUCGAGGUCGAAGUUCUUCUCUGGAAAUGGUUUGGCGGUUUUGGUGGCGAAUUGCCGGAGUUUGACGGCGUUAGAUUUGUCGAAUGCGACGGAAUUGCGGGAUUCGGCGGCGGCGGCGAUUGGUGAAGCGAAGAAUUUGGAGAAGCUUUGGUUAGGGCGGUGUAAAUUGAUUACUGAUAUUGGGAUUGGUUGUAUUGCUGUUGGAUGCCCUAAAUUGAAGACAAUUGGCUUGAAAUGGUGUUUGGGAAUUGGAGAUUUAGGUGUUGAACUUGUUGCUGUAAAGUGUAAAGAGCUCCGCAAUUUGGAUCUUUCAUAUUUGCCGAUCACUAGUAAAUGCUUACCAGCUAUAUUGAAGCUACAGUAUCUUGAAGAGCUGAUUCUAGAAGGUUGCUUUGGGAUCGACGAUGACAGCCUUAUUUUAUUGAAGCAAGGAUCUAAGUCACUGAAGAAUCUUGACAUAUCAAGUUGCCAGAAUGUGAGCGACACAGGGUUAUCUUCAUUGACUAGUGGGACUGGCUGUCUGCGACAAUUAACGUUAGCAUACGGCUCUCCUGUCACUCUUGAUCUUGCUCGUAGUUUACAGAGGCUGUCUAAAUUGCAAUCAAUCAAACUUGAUGGUUGCCUAGUUACAUGUUCUGGUCUUCAGGCCAUUGGGAACUAUUGUGCUUCACUACGGGAGCUGAGCUUGAGUAAAUGCUCUGGUGUGACUGAUGAAGGCUUGUCCUCUUUAGUUAAGAAGCAAAAGGAGCUCCGGAAGUUAGACAUUACAUGUUGUCGGAAGUUAACUUGCGUAUCUAUUGCCCAUGUUGCCUAUUCCUGCAUGUCUCUCACUUCUCUGAGGAUGGAAUCUUGUACUUUGGUUCCUAGGGAAGCCUUUGUUCUAAUUGGUCGGAAAUGCAAUUUACUUGAGGAACUUGACCUUACUGAUAAUGAGAUAGAUGAUGAAGGUCUAAAGUCCAUCUCCAAGUGCUCAAAUCUGUCGAUUCUUAAACUUGGAAUCUGUUUGAACAUAACCAAUGAGGGGCUGAAUUUUAUUGGAAAUCGCUGUUCAAAGCUUGUGGAACUUGACUUGUACAGGUCCAUGGAGAUCACCGAUUCAGGCAUCACAGCAAUUGCUCGUGGUUGUCCUAGUCUAGAAAUGAUCAACAUAUCCUACUGCAGUGGCAUCACAGAUGCUGCUUUGAUUUCUAUGUCAAAAUGUGCAAAAGUAAGCACCUUAGAAUGCCGUGGAUGUCCUCUCAUUACAUCUCUUGGUAUAGCAGCUAUUGCCGUUGGUUGUAAGCACCUCACCAAGUUAGAUAUAAAGAAGUGCUAUAAAAUCAACGAUUUUGGAGUCCUACCUCUCGCUCACUUUUCUCAGAAUCUUAAAGAGAUAAAUAUGUCUUGUACAUCGAUUACAGAUGUUGGAUUGUUGUCCCUAGCAAGCAUAGGCUGUUUACAGAGCAUGGUCAUUUUGCACUUGAAAGGCUUGAGCCCAAGAGGUUUAGCUGCAGCCCUACUGGCUUGUGGAGGGUUGACUAAAGUCAAGCUUCAUUCGUCAUUCAAAACCUUGCUUCCACAGCCACUUUUUGAACAUCUAGAAGCCCGUGGUUGUGUAUUCCAAUGGAGAGAGAAAAUGUUUCAGGAUGAGUUAGAAGAUUCCAAGUCUUGGAAACUGCAAGUAGCAGAACUGAACAAUGAGUCCUGAAACCUUUCUGUUUAGAAGAAAUUUUCAUUUUUUAAUUUGGUACGUCUUUUGUAUCAUUGUAUGUAAAAAGAAAAACCUACAGUAUAUGAUAUUUACUGACUAGUUUGUAACUCUACAAUAUUGUAUGGCUGUUAGUCUGUUACCCUCUUUGUAAUCUUUAAAAUCUGAAUAAAAUGUGCAUAUGUUCGAAGGUAAAA